AUCUACGUUUACAUGUUACCUUAGCAAAUGGUUUGCUUGUUUGAUAGAAAGAAAGAACCCACUUGUUCAGGACUUGUCUUCCUCUUCUUCCUCUCUAUUUAUUUUCAGAUCUAACCGAACCUUGGUUCAGUGAAGCCCACCAGGAUUCUUUCUGGGUCUGUUUUGUUUUGAUGUCAUUUGCUUAUGUAGAAAAAGGAAGGAAAGGAGAGAUGGGCUUGGUGGGUGUCCAAGAAAAUGGGAAUCGGGAGAUGGAUGUGUCUUUGGGAGGGAAGAACAAGUACAAGAGAGUGGAUCCCGAGUUCACAGAGAAACUUGAUGAUGCUUCAAAUGGUCAAGAUAGGAGUUCAAUUACUAGAAAAUAUGUUCUUGCUUGUGCCAUUUUUGCCUCUCUAAACUCUGUUCUUCUUGGCUAUGAUGUAGGUGUCAUGAGUGGAGCAAUCAUAUUCAUCCAAGAAGAUCUAAACAUAACUGAGGUGCAGGAAGAAGUUCUGGUUGGGUGUUUGAGCAUUGUUUCUCUUUUUGGUAGUUUAGCUGGUGGAAGGACAUCAGAUGCUAUUGGCAGAAAAUGGACGAUGGGCUUAGCUGCUAUUGUUUUUCAAACUGGUGCAGCUAUAAUGACACUUGCUCCUUCAUUUCAAGUACUAAUGAUAGGCAGAUUUUUGGCUGGGAUUGGAAUUGGUUUCGGUGUCAUGAUUGCUCCUGUCUAUAUUGCUGAGAUUUCUCCAACUGUUGCUAGAGGCUCUUUCACCUCCUUCCCUGAGAUUUUCAUAAAUCUUGGAAUUUUACUUGGUUAUGUCUCAAAUUAUGCAUUUGCAAAUCUUCCAGUGCACACAGGUUGGAGGGUAAUGCUAGCUGUUGGAAUUAUGCCCUCAAUUUUCAUUGCAGUUGCACUUUUCAUAAUCCCCGAGUCACCAAGGUGGUUGGUCAUGCAAGACCGAGUUGAAGAAGCAAGAUCAGUGCUUUUAAAAACAAAUGAGAAUGAGAGAGAAGUAGAGGAGAGACUUGAAGAAAUACAAAAAGCAGCUGGAAAUACCAAUGGAGAUAAGUACGAAGAAAAAGCAGUAUGGCGUGAAUUGCUUAGUCCUUCUCCUGCACUACGCCGGAUGUUGCUCACAGGUUUUGGAAUUCAGUGCUUCCAACAGAUCACAGGAAUAGAUGCAACUGUCUAUUACAGCCCUGAAAUCUUCCAAGGAGCUGGGAUUCAGGAUAAUUCCAAGCUUCUUGCUGCAACAGUUGCUGUGGGAAUUUCAAAAACUGCUUUUAUAUUGGUUGCUAUAUUUCUAAUUGACAAACUUGGAAGGAAGCCAUUGCUUUAUCUUAGCACAAUUGGAAUGACCAUUUGUUUGUUCAGCUUGGGUGUUACCCUCACAUUACUUGGAGGACAGGUGGGGGUUGCACUGUCAAUUUUGUUCGUUUGCGCAAAUGUAGCUUUCUUUUCAGUGGGAAUUGGUCCUAUUUGCUGGGUUUUGACAACUGAAAUCUUCCCUCUAAGGCUGCGUGCUCAAGCGACUGCGCUUGGUGCAGUCGGUAAUAGGGUGUGCAGUGGUUUGAUUGCAAUGUCUUUUCUAUCCGUUUCCCGUGCAAUUUCUGUGGGUGGGACUUUCGUUAUAUUUUCAGCAAUUUCAGCACUUUCUGUUGUCUUUGUUUAUGCACUUGUCCCAGAGACAAAAGGAAAGUCGUUAGAACAGAUUGAGCAGUUGUUUCAGAAUGAACAUAGAUGGCAAGGGGGUGAAGUGGAGCUGGGAGAUGUUGAGCAACUUGUUCAGAAAGAAUGACUUGUGCUUGAUUGCAAAGGCACACUAAACAAAAGCCUUAAUAUCUGACUUCUUCAAGUCAGUAACUCAUUAUGGUUAUUGAUGCAGUACUUGCCAAGCAUAUACCUUCUUACAGGUAUUGGAUCAACAGCCAUAAGUGUCUGCAACCAAAAGUAUCUAUGAGUUGGUCACAAAGGAAGCAUGUGUAACAUAAUUUUUGGUUGCAUUUUUGUACUCUUAAGUGAAAUUAGUUUGAUUUGUCCAUCUAUUUCUAUAAGAUUGAUUCACUUGAAUUCCUUGAAGAAAUCAUGUUCAUAAAAGAAUAGUAGAAUGGAA